AUGAUUGUUGGAAAGAAUUUGCGCCUUUUUCGGCCACAAUUUGUCGGAUUCAUUCCAUCGACACGUUCAUGGUUCCAUAAUGCCAGCGUUCAGCAAAGUAUUCUAGGAAGAAUCAAAGACAUGUUUGGAAAAGAAAAAGAAAAAGGAGAAGAACAAGUUUCUCAGAAAGAUCUCCCUACCUUAGAAGUGGUUUUUCCAAAAAAAAGGACGAACGCUUCUAAAUUCGAAGGACAGCGGCUUUUUGAGAAGUUUUCCGGUGAAAAACUAAACAGAGCUGACACUCUCAGUAUCAUAAACAGCCUCCGAUCUUCUGAAACAUUUCCUUCACCUUGGUCCCCUGAAAAUCGUUUGCUUGCAGCAAAAUUAGCAUAUCAAAAGACAGGACAUAUUGUCUAUGAUUCUCCAUUACAAGAGAUUUCAAAUUGGGAUGAUAUGUACCGGUACUACGAUAUUCGAGUAGAUUAUGGAGACUCCACCGUGCGAGGACGCACAACUUGGAAGCCUACAGAAGAACUGAUGCUUUUGCCAAAUGUUGUUUUGCACAUUGAUAAAAACGGAUUACCUACGGAGGAUCAACCAACAGGAGAGCCAGUGAAGACACCCGAAUCUAUCUAA